GGCAAUAAUAACAGAAGAUAGGCACUUUGACAGGGGCCAACUUCUCCGCCCCCAUUCGGGUGGAAGGAAUUACAUUCUUCUUCUCGUACGAAGCAUAAAACAUUUUCCUGGGGAGUCAACGACCUGCGAAGACUGGGCUCCGAUCGUCUUCCGCCAUCACCUAAUUCGAUCUCCGACCGACUCUGAUGUGCCAUGCAUGUAAGGAGAAAAACCCCAGGCAAUGCAUUGGUGGCAGAGCGCUUUUUCCUCCUCCGCCACAUCCUCCUCUCCCUCAUCCGCCAGGGCACAUUCCGACGAUACCCUGAUCGUUGCUAGAGGGGGGAAGUACGUUCUAAAGGGACCUUUCUUGUUCGGCCGCAGCCGCAGCCGCCGCAUUGACCGGGGAUCAAGGCGCCACCACGUCACCGGCGGAGACCAUGACAUAUUUAGGCACAGCUGCUGCGAGUAUUCGCCGGCCGGGACGUGUAACAUUGGGGCUCAGCCGUCUACCCUGCCUCUCCCUUUGCCGGAAUCUCAAUCACCGGCCCGGCAAGACACCCAUUCUGCCUCUAGUAUCCCUCUGCCGUCGCCAAAGGAAUUGCAUUUCUCUCCCAAAGAUAGGGACUUUAAAGGAUACAAAACCGAUUCUAACCAUUCUGUGAAUUUGGCUCAUGCCCAGAGAGCUCUCUCACUACAUAGGUAUCUAAGCGAAGCAGCAAAAAAGACAAAGACCGAAAAUGUUGAAAGCGGCCUCCAGGGGAGAAAGUCUAAACAUAAACUUAAUGAGACCAAAAAGUUCACUAACUUGAAGAUUCCCCCACCUAUUAGUGCUCCAACCAGCCCUUUUGCAAGUCCAGUGCACAGCCCCUUGAAUGGUUGCUUGGGAGAACAUUGGAGUCCCAAGUUUAUAACUCCCCAAAAUAGUAUUUUCCAAGUUUGGUCUGCCCCAGAGAUGAGUCGAUCCACAGCACAUGAUCUUAAUGCAUUGAUAAGCCCCAUUUCUAGCAUGAGAAGUCCAACGCGCCCUACUUCUCCUUUGCCUAGUGUAAUACCAAAUGAGACCACAAUGGCACGACGUGAUAGCAUUAAUAAUAGUAAUAGUAACAGCUCUCAGACCAAUGUGCACCCCUUGCCCCUGCCUCCUUCUGCUGUUGUUGCUGCUUCUGCAUCCCAACCAGAAUUUUCUCCUUCGGUUCCUCUUACCCCCAAAUCAGAACUACUUCCUGUCAAAGGCCACUGGCAGAAAGGAAAGCUUAUUGGACGCGGGACGUUUGGAAUUGUGCAUGUCGCUUCCAACAGAGAAACCGGAGCUUUGUGUGCUAUGAAAGAAGUUGAAAUAUUACCGGAUGACCCCAAAUCUGCUGAAUGUAUCAAGCAGCUCCAGCAGGAAAUUAAAGUUCUUAGCAAUCUCAAGCAUCCCAACAUUGUACAAUAUUUCGGAAGUGAAAUAGUUGGUGACAGGUUUUACAUAUACCUUGAAUAUGUUCAUCCCGGUUCUAUCAAUAAGUUCAUCCAUGAUCAUUGUGGAGCAAUUACAGAAUCUGUUGUUCGUAAUUUCACCCGCCAUAUCCUUUGUGGGUUGGCUUACUUGCAUGGAACAAGAACCAUACACAGGGACAUUAAAGGUGCUAACUUGCUAGUUGAUGCAUAUGGUGUAGUCAAGCUUGCUGACUUUGGGAUGUCUAAGCAUCUUUCUGGACAAGCAGGACAUCUUUCAUUUAAAGGAAGUCCCUAUUGGAUGGCACCUGAGCUCCUGCAACAAGGUAUACAAGACUCUAAAUCUGACCAUGCUUUAGCGGUUGAUAUAUGGAGUUUAGGCUGUACUAUAAUUGAAAUGAUGAAUGGGAAACCACCUUGGAGCGAGUAUGAAGGACCAGCAGCCAUGUUCAAGGUCUUAAAGGAAUCCCCACCAAUACCCGAGUCACUUUCGGUCGAAGGAAAAGAUUUCUUGCAGCAUUGUUUUCGAAGAAACCCAGCUGAGAGGCCAACUGCUAGCAUGUUAUUAGAGCAUCCAUUUGUAAGGAAGAACUUGCAUCAACCAUGUCUUCCCCAUGCUGUACGACCCACUUAAUUGAUGGGUUUAAAUUGACAGUAGGAUAAUGCGAAAAAGAGAGGCCACAAGAAAUAUGAACUGGGCAAACUAUCCACAAAAGAAGUGCAAGUAAGAAGUGCAAGUGCAAAAUACUUGUGAAAGGAAUUACCAUUCAUUUUAGUUGCCGAUGGAAGUUUUUUCUUGAGAGAGCCUAACUGAAUUAGAUUUUUUUUGUAUAGUCACAGAGACGUAUCAGCUUGCAGCCACAGGUACUGAAAUUGGAGCCGGUAGGGUCCUCACUUCUGUGCAUCAUUAUUAAUGUAAGGAACCGGCCUUGUGAAGAUGAAAUUUAAUUUCCAGGAUGUAAGUGUCAAACACGCAUUGUAUAACUUCAUAAAUUAAGAGCUCUAUUUCAUUAUUUGGUAACACUGAAAUUGUUUAAAUGAGUGAAAUCGGU